AUGGAUGAGGAGUUCACCAGAGACGGUCACAGCAAUGACGCUGGCUAUGCCAUUGUAAAGUCUCUCGCAGCGGACCAACCACAUCAACACAAACCUUCUUCCAAUUCGGACACUUUGGACUUAAGCAAGAAAAAGCUGUGCAGUCUCAGUGAAGAACUUUACAGGGACAGUCCUCGUAUUAAGAAUCUUCACCUUAAAGGAAAUGCCCUUAGCUCCCUUCCGGAGAGCCUGUUUCUGUAUCUGCCAAACCUUGUGUGGUUGGAUCUCCGCUACAAUAAAAUCACAAGUCUGCCUAGUACGAUUGGAAAGCAGAGGCUACUAAAGUACCUUCUAUUAGAAGGAAACCCAAUACGCGCUCUUCCUGUUCAACUUGGUGAUUUGACUACUCUAAAGGCUUUAAAUCUCCGGCAUUGCCCACUUGACUUUCCUCCUGAAGAUGUUGUGCGUAAAGGCCUUGAAUCUAUUUUAUCUUUUCUCAGAAACUCCAAGAAAACAAAUGUUAUGUGUUCUGAUCCCUGUGAAUUAGACCUGCCUCCUGUGGAGAAACUGGAUCUUAAAGGACUGAUGGAGUCUAGCCUGGACCUCUCAGAUGAAAAUGAAAAGAGGAAGUUCGAGUUGUUAAAAAGCAAAAUGGAAGCAAGAGAGAUGGAGGAGAUGGCUUACACUGAACCCCUGUACUUUCAGAAUAAACCCCAAAGAGCUGCAGGCACAAAUGGCUGGAGCUUUCUAACUGAAUCAAGGUAAAUAUGCUUCGGUGAGAGAAGAAAACCGAAAGCCAAUAAACAUGCAGAAGAGAAAGAACGACUCGCCACGGUCCAUCAAAAAAUGAAGAACCAAGAAAUUCUUAAAGAUUGGCAAAAACAGACACAACUCAUGCAAGAUAAAGAAGCUAAGAACAGAAAGAAAAAUGAGGUGCCCGUUGCCGUUCCUCCAUAUGCCACAGAUCUGGAUGCUUCCCAACACCAGAAUAACUGGGAUAAGCAAAAGCCUUUUGGAGUCGAAACCCAGGAGAUGAUGCCAAGGAUCAGGUCAGUGAAAUCAUUGAAGGAAAUGGAGAAAGCAAGAGUGUCCAGAGACCUGAGACUGGAACAACGCAUCAGAGAGCAUAUCCAGGCCAUGCAGGAGAGGAAGAGAAGACCCAAACACUCAGCACAAGACGAGAUGGAGGCAGCCAGAAAGGAAUUAGACAUGACUUCCCUGCUUCAAGCAGAAAUAUUACAGAGAAAACGAGAACAAGAUACACCACUAGAAUACCGCUUUACCGCCUUCACGGGGGAAAUUUCCACCACUACCCCACCAACAAGAAAACCUCAAAACAUCUUUGCAAUGACAAACUAAA